AUGUCUGAAACUAAUAAAUCAGAUCAAAAACAGUUUGAAGAAGAACUAAAAAAGGAGAAAGAAUUCGAAAAGAAGCGAAUUCAAGAGGAUCGAACAAUUCGGAACUCGCAAAACAAGGAAUAUGAGGAGAGUUUGGCGAAAGAUUUGAUAAAGAAAGCGGAACGCGAAAAGGCGAGAGAAGCGGAAGCGCGGAAAGCGGAAAGAUUGAAAAAGAUACAGGAAUAUCGCGAGAGAAUCAAGGGUGAGUGAGAAAUAUAUGUUGACAAUUUUCGCUGGGUUUCUCUGUGCGCGUUCGUGGUGUAAUGGUCAGCAUGGAUGCCUUCCAAGCAUUCGACGGGGGUUCGAUUCCCCCCGAACGCAGAUUUUUUUUUAUUUUUAUCUUUUUGUUUCAAACUCCCUGAAGUCCCUGAUUUUUUUAGGAGCACAUUUCGAUGGCCCGGUCAAAGUUCUUUGCCGCUUCCCCGAUGGAAAACGUCAAAUCAUCGGCCUCGCCAACAACAAAUGUUCAAUUGACGAAUUAUUCAACGCAAUUAUCAGCCACCCGUCUUGCCCAAACUAUUUCUUUGUUCGACAAAUUCGCCCGAAUCUUGAGAUCAAAUGCUAUCCCGAUUGGUAUUUGCAAUUGAUCAAAGAGGAGGAGCCAGAAACUGCUAAUGGGCUCGAAGAGUCGAAAAAUGAAAGGGAGAUUGAGCUGGUAUCGAAUUCGAUUAUUUUUGUGAAUACUAGACAUAAAUGA